GGUGCUCCCCCGCUCGAGGAAUAGAGCGUGCCGGGAAGUGGUGCAAAGGGCAGCUGAAGAGGCGGGCGAAUUUUAGACCCGUUGCGCUAUGAAGUUCGGUAAAACAUGGAGUUUUGCGGGGUUACUGAGCCUAAUCAUAGUGAAAGGGACCGUGGGGGCUUUCUUUGUAAACGUGGAUCUCUCGCGCGCCACAGGCGAGUUGAGGCAUUUUUGGAAAAGCACGGGAUAUUGUCCUCCUCUACCACACAGGCGAGCAGAUUCGUUUAAUCUCAGUAAAGACCAAAUAAUUAAUUUGGCUUAUAUUUCUUCUGUGCCACACAAUGGCAUUGAACAAAUUCGAAUCCAUUGGCUGCUGGAACUUAUUCAAGCUGGGGUGAUAAAUGGGACACUUCACUACAAUUUCACAAACCUGGAUAACUUUAUGGAUCUUCUUUGGGAAAACAAGCUACGUCCUGGUUUUGAAUUGAUGGGAAGUCCUUCAGGAUACUUCACCAACUUUGAUGAUAAAAAGCAGGUGGUGGAGUGGAAGAACCUGAUUGUGCAAUUGGCCAAAAGAUAUAUAGAGAGGUAUGGAUUGAAACAUGUUUCUAAGUGGAAUUUUGAGACUUGGAAUGAACCAGAUCACCGUGACUUUGACAAUGUAUCAAUGACUGUAAAUGGAUUUCUCAACUACUAUGACGCUUGUUCUGAAGGAUUAAGGGAAGCUAGUUGUCAGCUAAAAUUGGGAGGCCCUGGAGAUUCCUUUCAUCCAUUUCCAAAGUCUCCAAUAUGUUGGAGCCUCCUCAGUCAUUGUUACAACGGCACUAAUUUUUUCACCGGGGAGACAGGAGUCCGGCUAGACUACAUCGCCAUGCAUAAGAAGGGAGCUGGGAGUUCUCUUCAUAUCUUGGAACAGGAAACUGAGGCCAUGGGACAGAUCCAGAAGACCUUUCCAAAUUUUGCCUCGGUGCCUAUAUACAAUGACGAGGCUGAUCCCCUAGUAGGAUGGUCGAUUCCACAGGAGUGGAGAGCUGAUGUGACCUAUGCGGCUAUGGUGGUGAAGGUAAUUGCUCAACAUCAAAAUCUUCUGAUCGCUAAACCCAACAAUACCAUUAACUACACUUUGCUAAGCAAUGACAACGCGUUUCUGAGCUACCAUCCAUAUUACUUCACCCAGAGGACACUCACGGCACGCUUUCAGAUGAAUAACACAAAGCCCCCACAUGUCCAGAUGGUGAGGAAACCAGUGCUGACAGUAAUGGGCUUGCUGGCUCUGCUAGGGGAAGAGCAAAUUUCUGCCAACAUUUCCAGUCACAGAUCAGAAGACUGUAAUGCCCUGGGAAUACUAGCCAGCUUGCACAAACCUUCAGGACUACAGUUGUCGGACAGCUGGCAAGCAUCAAUACUGAUCUAUUCAAGCAAUGAUAACAAGACAUCCUCAAACAUCAGUACUGUGAUUCUAAAUGUAGCCAAUUAUCCUAAACACAGAGAACUGGCGUAUGUAACAUACUACAUGGAUAACAACCUAACCAAUCCAUAUUUGCAAUGGAAGAAAAUGGGAAUGCCAGACUUUCCUUCUCAGAUUCAGUUGGAGCAAAUAAGAGAUGCUGAGGACCUUUUGGUGAAAGGGCCAUUUCCACUACCUGCAAAAGGCCGUUUGAUGCUGAAACAAGAACUUCCAAUUCCAGCUGUCUUCCUCCUUCAUAUUUGUGCAAAGCCCCGCUCUGCUCCCAGUCAGGUGAAUGGUGUUCGCUUCAUUGGUCUCAUGAAGGGACAAGUUCUGAUAACAUGGGAUGACAGCUGUGUGAAUUCAAAAUGUUUGAAAAAAUUUGAAGUGAUGUUUUCAGUGGAUGGGAAAGAGUAUCACCAAAUCAGUGUCAAGGACAGCAUAUUUACAAUGUUAGUCUACAGUCCAGGAACAACAGUCAUGGGCCUUUACAAAGUGCGUGCUGUGGAUUACUGGGACAGGCCAGGUCUGUUUUCUCUGCCUACAUUCUACAGAGAACCAUUUUAGAAAGAAGCAAAAAUGCCCACUGGAAGUUAUGUACUUAAACCUGCUAGUUGCAGGAAGCUUUUUACUACAGGCAAACCAUAACUGUUAGAAGGAUGAUUCUCAUGUUCUUGACAAAAUUCUUCUGCCUUCCUUGGUUCAGUUUUCUGUUCUUCCUCCACUGAUAAUAUGGAGAGAUUCUUCUCUCCCAGAUCAUCUUGGAGCACCCUUCUGAAAUCACACCCAAGAAAUUAUGAGAACAAAGUAGAGUACUGCUGAACUCUGUUUUCUUCCCUAGUUUGCAUAGUUGGCAACCAGCCAGUCCAGUUUUUACCUGGAGUGAAACAAUGGUAAUUUCAAGCAGCAGAAUCUGGGUUGCAUGAAAACAAGGUGGAUCUGUUAACCUUUCCUUAAGGCUAUGUAUGUAAGUGUGCGCCAUUUAGACUUCCAGCCAUAAUAUGGUCUGUUCAUAGAGAACCAACCUCUAAAUGAGCACUCGUUCCCACACAACUGGUGCAGCUCAAAGAAGAUCCCAUUCUAAAAGCACUGAGCUUCUACCCAAGCCUUGGAAUAAGGAAGCUUCAUCUGCCUCAGUCCAUUUCAUUCUUUUCUUCAAACUUUGCAUCAUCCAAAUACAUCACACACUCUCUUUUUUGUGGCAUCAGGAAGGAGGGAUGGCCUCACUCUUUCUCAUCGCACCUCGACCUUUGCAAAGAGUGGAGGACAGCAGAAGUGAUGGAUAGCCCAGCUGAAUACUUGUAUAAGGGGAAAUGUCCCUGUGAAGCUUGUAGUAAACAAGGACGUUUUUAGCACAGGGAUUAUAUUUUAAAUAAAUAUUUAUUUGCAUGAAAAAGAGUUUACCUAGAGGCAGGUGAGAUAACAUAUUCAGUUUUUCCUG